AUGGCAUCUAAACGACUGAUCAAAGAGCUUGACAUGUUCAAUCGGGAGCCUUCCUCCGCCGUUGUCGAGCUUGCUACUGUAAGCGAUGAGGACCUCUUCCACUUGCGAGCUGUGCUGAAGGGACCGGAUGAAACUGCCUACGAAGGCGGCCUCUUCAUCCUCUCCAUCUCUAUCCCAUCCAACUACCCUUCCUCCCCACCGGAGAUCUACUUCCAAACGCCCUGCUGCCAUCCUAACGUCAACUUCAAGACCGGAGAGAUCUGUCUGGAUCUGCUGAAGACGUCGUGGACGCCCGCGUAUGGGGUGGUGAGUACAUUGGAAGCGGUACAGCAGCUGUUGAGUGCGGGCGGUGAGCCGGAUAGUCCUUUGAACAUCGAUCUUGCGAAGUUGCUGCGGGCAGGAGAUCUGGUUGGUGCGGAGGGGUUGGUGAGGCUGUAUACGAGGCUGUAUGCUAUGGGAAGAUAA